GUAAGAAGCUAUUUGUUCUUUGGAUAGACAUGAAGCUCGUUUUGGUCAUUUUUGCACUUGUUGUUUGUGGAGUCUACUCCAAUCCAAUCCAACAAUCUACCGAUUUCAUCGAACCUGAGCGAUGGACAGUAACUAAAGAUGGAGAAGGUCGAAUGAGAUUGAUUGAUCUGAAUCCAAUUGUAGCUGAACCAGAACCAUUUUUUGAUCCAAUCGCUGAUAUGUUCUUCCUUCUUUUUACAAGAUCUAAUCCAACAGUUGGACAGAGAAUUACAUUUGAUGUUCAAAGCAUUGAAAACUCAAAUUUCAUUAGAGGCGGUGGUGCUAGAUUCUUAAUCCAUGGAUGGGGUUCAUCAUCAAAUUCUGGAGAAAAUUCAUUCACUAGAAAUGAAUUUUUGGCUCGGUCUGAUCUGAAUGUUAUUGUUGUUGACUGGAGUGUCGGAGCUGGAGCAAACAAUUACAUCACAGCAAGAAAUCGUGUUGGACCAGCUGGUCAAGUCGUUGGACAAUUCAUUGACUUUUUAAACGAAAAUGGCUUUGUUCAACACAAUCAAGUUCAUAUCGUUGGUCAUUCUCUUGGAUCUCAUGUUGCUGGUCAUGCUGGAAAGAACACGUUCCGUGGACAACUUAAUGCAAUCUUUGGAACUGAUCCAGCUGGUCCAUUGUUCAAUGUUAACAAUCCAGAUCGUCUUGACACCAGCGAUGCUUUCUACACAGAAGCAAUCCACACAAAUGCUGGAACUUUAGGAUUUGAUGCACCAAUUACUCAUGCAUCAUUCUAUCCAAAUUGGGGAUCAUCACAGCCAGGUUGUGGUGUUGAUAUCGGUGGAGGAUGUGCCCAUGGAAGAGCAACAAGACUUUAUUCUGAAUCUGUCAACAGCGAUCAAUUCAGGUCUAGACAAUGUAAUGGAUACGAAGAUAUUGUUGCUAGAAAUUGUCCUGAAACUGGUGUGAUUGGAAUUUUGGGUGGUGACAGUGCAAAAGCUAUUCGUGGUGUCUUCUUUUUGGAAACAAAUGCUGAGGCUCCAUUUGCAAUGGGUUGAAUAAUGAGAAAUAUUUGAUAUUUUGCUAAU